AUGAAGAAUUUUCAAGCUUUAGUUAGAGAGAUUAAAGUCUUUGAUCAUGCUUAUUUUGGUCCUCUUUUCACUUGGUCUAAUAAUCAAUUGGAUAGGCCGUUUGCGAAGAAGCUUCACAGAGUUCUUGUUAAGCCUACUGUGGUAGGUGAUCCUAUGUUGAAUUUAUUUACCAAGCUUAAGAGACUUAAGCUUGUCUUGAAGAUGCUCAACACUGAGGCUUUUGAUAAUAUUUUUGCUCGAGUUAAGGCUAAGGCUAAAGAGUUAGAGAGCUUGAAACUUGCUUUGUUGCAAGGGAAUGAGAAAGCCCCUAGUUCUAACAGUUUUGCAGCUUUCUUUUUUAAAUCUGCAUGGGGUAUAGUAGGGCUUGAUUUUCUUGAGGUUGUUCAGUAUUCUUUUGCAUCCUGCACUCUUUUGGCUGCCUUUAAUGCUACUUCAAUUUCCUUUGUUCCCAAGUGUGAUAAUCUUAGCUAUAGUGCCUUUGUUAGAGGGCGUAGUAUCACUAAUAAUACCAUGUUGGCUCAUAAGUUAAUGCGAGGAGUUCAAGGGUUCCUUGAAAAGUUCUUGAAGUGGAUUGAAGUUUGUUUAACUACUUAUUGGUUCUUUGUCUCCUUUAAUGGAAGCCUUAUGGGGUUCUUUCAAGGGAGGAAAUGUAUUAGGCAGGGAGAUCCUCUCUCUCCUUACCUCUUUGUGCUUGCAAUGGAUGUGUUAUCCAGGUUAUUGGAUGUUGCUGCCAUAAAUGCUCUCUUCAAGUAUCAUUCUAAGUGCCUUCGAGUGCAGUUGACUCAUAUAAUGUUUGCCGAUGAUCUUAUUAUUUUUUCUAAUGGUAUUGUUAAUUCUGUGGCUGGUGUUUAUUGUGUUCUUCAGCAAUUUUACUUACUUUUUGGGUUGCAACUCAAUGCCUCCAAAAGUGAAUUAUUUGUUGUUGGGGUACCUCAAGAGGAGUUAGCUUUCAUGAUUACUUGCACAGGCUUUAAAAUUGGUAGGCUACCAGUGAGGUACCUUGGUGUUCCUCUUGUUUCUUAA